CGCUGCCAAAAGGGAAGUGAGCUGCAGCCGGAGCGAUGGCCCCGGUCUGGAGCCCGCGGCCGCCGCCGCCGCCGCCGGUGCGUCGAGAGCAGCCGCGGCUGGAGCUGGGGCCAGAGUCGCGGCUGGAGAGCGAGCGGCGCGUGUGAGUCGCCGAAAUUUCCGGAACACCUCCAACUCGGCUGGAGCGCUUCGGGCGGGCUGAGCGGCGGCCGCCCCGUUCAGCGCCGCACCUCCCACCCCCCCCCCCACCCCCUCACACGCCGGCCCAGGCAGCAGGGCUGGUUUUUUUUCCUGGGCACGGGACCGGCCCUGAACCAGGCUUCCUUCAAACUCAGAACGGAAGCCAGACAACGCUGUCAUCCCAGGCUCUAGCCGGUCCCCUGACCUCGGCAUUCUCCGAGUGUCCAGGCAGUGUCAGGGUUGUUGCAGCUGAGCCCCCUCCUGCUGUCACCUCCAGCCAAGGACCAGCGAGUUCCCACUGUGCCCUGCGUCUCCUCCUCUCCUCCCAUUCAAGAACAAGUUUCUUUUCGCUUUCCUUUGCAUAUCCCGUCCCGGAGGUCCAAAGUACUGUUCUCUACAAAUACUGGCCACCUAUCGGGUAACUGACAACUUUUUCUUCCUCUCUUGAAGGUAAAAGUUGCCCCUUUUCACCCUAAACUGACACUCCAUGCCCAGGGUUUUAUCCAUUUGGAUUACCAGCUCCUUGACCAUCUCUAUGUGACUUCCCCCACCCAUCUUGAGUUCCAAUUUCCUUUGGGCUCGCAUUCUCCAGGCCCCAGUGGAUCUGGUCAGUCCCACCUCUGGGUGGGAGUGAUCAGAGGCCUCUGGCCCAGGAUUUCCCACCCUGGAAGGCAGCUCCAAGGUAGCAAGAGAAUUGGGCGUCGGGUACGAACCUGGCAGCUCAGGAGUGGGUGCUCCACUCACCCCACACAAAAAGAUGAAAAAGCGCAAAGAGCUCAAUGCAUUGAUCGGCUUGGCUGCGGACAGUCGGAGAAAGAAACCCAAGAAAGGCCCAAGCAGCCACCGUUUGCUUCGCACUGAGCCUCCUGAUUCUGACUCAGAAUCCAGCUCAGAAGAAGAGGAGGAAUUCGGUGUAGUUGGAAAUCGUUCUCGCUUUGUCAGAGGAGACUACUUACACUGCUGCAAGAUCUGUUAUCCCCUCUGUGCUUUUGUCAUCCUCGCGGCCUGUGUGGUGGCCUGUGUUGGCUUGGUGUGGAUGCAAGUUGCUCUCAAAGAGGACCUGGAUGCCCUCAAGGAAAAGUUCAGAACAAUGGAAUCUAAUCAGAAAAGCUCAUUCCAAGAAAUUCCCAAACUUAAUGCAGACCUACUUGGCAAACAGAAACAGCUGGAAAAGAUUGAAUCUGGGGAGCUGGGCUUAAACAAAGUCUGGAUCAACAUCACAGAAAUGAAUAAGCAGAUUUCUAUGUUGACUUCUGCAGUAAAUCACCUCAAAGCCGAUGUUAAGUCAGCUGCAGAUCUAAUUAGCCUGCCUACCACAGUAGAGGGACUUCAGAAGAGUGUAGCUUCUAUUGGCAAUACUUUAAACAGUGUCCAUCUUGCUGUGGAGGCAAUGCAGGAAACUGUGGAUGAACACAAGAAGACCCUGGAGUUACUGCAGAGUGAUAUGAAUCAGCAUUUCUUAAAGGAGACCAAUGGAAGCAACCAGAUUGUUCCAUCACCAUCACCAUCAGCUUCACCAGAACUUGACAAUAAAACUCACAGUGAGAAUUUGAAACAGGAUAUCCUGUACCUCCACAGCUCUCUAGAGGAGGUAAACACUGCCAUCGUGGGGUACCAGAGACAGAAUGAUCUUAAACUCGAGGGGAUGAAUGAGACACUCAGUAAUCUUACACAGAGAAUCAACCUGAUAGAAAGUGAUUUGGUUGCUUUGAGCAAGGUAGAAAAGAAAGCAAACCUGACAUCCAGCAUGAUGGGGAACAGAGCUGCAACUCUAAAAAGAGAAUCUGUGGACCCAGAGACCAACAGAACUGAUAUUGUGAAAACCCAAAAUGUAAAGCAGAAAGAAGAUAGCUCAAAUUCUCAGGUUUCCAAACUACGAGAGAAACUGCAGCUGAUCAGUGCUCUCACAAACAAACCUGAAAGCAACAGGCCUCCAGAGACUGCCAGUGAAGAGCAAGUGCAGAGUCUUACAUCAAAGCCAUCCGCAUUGCCAAAAUUUUCAGAGUUUCUUGGAGACAAAAUUGAGAAAGCUGCCCAAUUAAAACCUAUCUCCCUGCCAGAAAUUUCUAGCAUCGAAGAUCUUCAGAAUUUGUUCCACAAGAGUGGCCAAGAUAUGAAUGGGAAGUUGACCUACCAAGAAAUCUGGAAUCUCCUAGGCUCUUCCAUGCCAGAAGAAGAAAGCUUGAGAGCAUUUGAUUCCAAUGCAGAUGGAAGAUACUCGUUCCUGGAGCUUAGAGUAGCUUUGGGCGUCUAGCUUCAUAAGGCAUACUUGGAAAUGGAGAUAGACCCUAAACUACCUAAAAUCUACUUACCCAACAAAAACAACCCUUUUUCCAACCCAAUUGCCUCUCAUGUCCUCCAAACUACUGUAGCAGACACAUUGCCACCUUUUAACUUGUUUGAAAAAGCUAUAUAAAAAUUAUUUUUUUAAAAAGAAAACCAUAUUACUUAUAAUAUGAUAGUCAGAAAUCUAUGGUUUCUUGAAACCAGUAAGCUCUUACAUUUUAAAAUUACCUGGAAAAAAUAAUAAAGUCCUUUUUUUUCUUUUCUCUCUCUCUCCUUUUUUUAAGGAGAGGAGACCUUAUCUUUUAAAACUGGAAAGUGUAUAUAGAAAGAGAAUAGCCACCUUUUAUAUUUCAUAUAAAUUUGCCUUAAAUUAGCUGCACUUUAUAGAGACUCAGAAACUGUCUUUUCUUUAAAAGAUAGACCUUUUCUGCUUGUAAAUAUUUAAAAUGAAAGAAAGAUUGUGCAUAUUGUGUGGAAAGUAGGAAGAAAACUUUUGAGCAGGAUGUGAACAAAUGAUUUAUUCAAGAUUGUUAAUCUGAUCUGCAUAGCAGUUAAAACUAUGUCUGCAACUCCUUAAGGUAUCCCUCAGCCCAGGUGCUGCCUGGGGUUUGGCCUGGGAGCUGGGGGUGUUGAUUCAGGGAAUGGACACUGGAGACAGCUUAGCUCCAGGCUCAGGAAAGUCAGAUUCUGGGUCUUUGUUCCUGUUUUCUCAGUUAACCCCAAUCCAGGAACCAGAGAAGUCUGUGGAGGAUCUUUCUCAUUUUUAAUCCUCUGUUAGGGUUUUUGAGAUAAAAAAUUAUCCAGUGAGGAUCUUUAUUUUCCUCCCAAGUAAGCUAGAUUAUCUCCCCCUACCCACCAUACCCACCAUUCAAGUCUAUCUUAAAGCUAUAGCUCUCUCCUACUUUCAGGAUGCCCUCCAUUCUAUUAUGGCAGAGCCCAAGUCCCUGGUCACCACUGUAAACUGGCCACGAGGAUAUUUGAAGAAAGCUAUGCUUCUGCUUUUGACCCCAGAAGCUUCUGCUUUUGACCCUACAUAGGGGCUAAGUGAGAAUAUGAUAGAUUUCUUGGUAGGAUGACUAAUGUAAAAAGAGAGUAUGAAGUGAAAAUCAGCUCAAACUUGUCAGAGGUUCUCUGCCCAGAAGGUGCUAAGCUACAGCAAGCAGGCCUGGAGCAGGAGCCUUCACAAGAUGGUAGAAGCCCUUUACUUACGUGGACCUGCCACCAAAGGUCCCGGGCUAGAAGGACCUUCUGAUCACCUGUACACUGAGUUAGACUGGUGAGUUAGUGUUGCUCCUGGAAGCCGUCUUUGGGCAACGCUAAAGGAAAACUUAACCAAAUUUACUCUUGCUGUAGCCAAGUCAGGGAGAAACAAGAGAAGCUUCUUUAGUAGAGAACAUUUCCAUUUCACUUGUCCAAGUUGCUCUCAGCUGUGGAUACAGUCCAGUACCCUUAAAUAUUUAAAGCCUAGUUUUUUUCUUUACAUGAUGGUCAGCUUUGUGUUGGCUAACUUUAAUGUUUUUCAAGAAGUUUUGAAGUUUACUUAAAGUGAGACAAAGUCUUUCCAUGAAUAAAUAUAUCUACUUACAUCAUUAUGAUUUAAGUUUUUACCUUUUGUAAGUUUUUUUUCUUUAACAUUUCCCUUACCCAUUUGUGCUAUUUCCUUUUUUUUGGAAAGGUUAAUAUAGUUUAAAAGUAGCCAGGCACUUUAGGUAACUUGAAGAUAACUCUUGGUCUUCUAGCUGCCUUCCCUGCCCUUCCCAUAUACACCUCUUUUUUUUUUUAAUAUAUACACUCUUACGAAUUUUGUAACAACCAAAUAAAGUUCUAGCAAUAAAUUGAAUUAUACUGCUAUA